ACAGGAAAUCUGGGAACACCGAGUCUGCCUGAAGGGUCUUCAAUGCAACAUGACGUAAAAAUCCAGCGACGCACGUGUGCACGUCGUGUCGUGGAGAGAGAUGGCAGCUGAGAGGCUACAGUUUCAUGAAAUGGGCCUGGACGACCGUCUUUUAAAGGCGGUUGCAGAUCUGGGUUGGUCCCAGCCCACUCUGAUCCAGGAGAAGGCCAUCCCUCUGGCUCUGGAGGGGAAAGACCUGCUGGCCCGAGCCCGGACCGGAUCUGGAAAGACUGCAGCUUACGCUGUGCCCGUCAUACAGCGCAUCCUGACCUCCAAACAGAGUGUCCGUGAGCAGGAUGUGAGGGCUCUGAUCCUGGUCCCGACCAAAGAGCUGGGACAGCAGGUCCAGACCAUGAUCAGACAGCUGACGGCGUACUGCUUGAGGGACGUCCGCGUGGCCGACAUCUCUGGGAAAGCUGACCUGUCGUCUCAGAGGCCUAUCUUGAUGGAGAAGCCAGAUGUGGUCGUGGGGACGCCGUCCCGUGUGCUCGCCCACCUCAACGCCCAGAACCUGGUCCUGCAUUCGUCCCUGGAGAUGCUGGUUGUGGAUGAGGCCGACCUGCUCUUCUCCUUUGGCUUUGAGGCUGACCUGAAGAACCUGUUGUGUCACUUGCCGAAGAUCUACCAGUCGUUCCUGAUGUCGGCGACUCUCUCCGAGGACGUUCAGGCCUUAAAGGAGCUGCUGCUGCACAACCCCGUGAUCCUGAAGCUGCAGGGCUCGCAGCUCCCGGACAGCAGCCAGCUGCAGCAGUACAGCAUCAAGUGUGAGGAGGAGGACAAGUUCCUGCUCAUCUACACGCUGCUGAGGCUGCGGCUGGUUCAGGGCAAGACGCUGGUGUUCGUCGGCGCCGUGGACAGGUGCUACAGGCUCAAACUGUUUCUGGAACAGUUUGGUAUCCCUGCCUGCGUGCUCAACUCCGAGCUGCCCGUCCAGUCCAGGUGCCACAUCAUCACUCAGUUUAACCAGGGAUUUUACGACUACAUCAUCGCCACAGACGAGCAGAGUUUGGCUGACCCCGCCGCCGCUCCUGCUGCUGCUUCACAAGCACAGAAGAAGAAGACGUCAGAGAAAGGAGGAAAGAUGAAGGACAAAGAGUACGGAGUCUCCAGAGGUGUGGACUUUCAAAAUGUUUCCAACGUCAUCAACUUCGAUUUCCCCACGACCGUGGAGUCAUACAUCCACCGAGUUGGAAGGACGGCGAGAGCGGACAACCCGGGCUCUGCGCUGUCUUUUAUCUCUCACACUGAGCUCGGUUUGCUGGCGGAGGUGGAGGAGGCGCUCACAGGAGAUCACGCUGAAAGUGUUCUGAAGCCAUACAAGUUCAAGAUGGAGGAGAUUGAAGGCUUCAGGUACAGGUGCAGGGACGCGAUGCGUUCAGUGACCAAGCAGGCAGUCAGAGAGGCCAGACUGAAGGAGAUCAAGCAGGAGCUGCUCAAUUCAGAAAAACUGAAGACAUAUUUUGAGGAUAACCCCAGAGAUCUGCAGCUGCUGCGACAUGACAAAGACCUUCAUCCUGCUGUGGUCAAACCCCACCUGAAAAAUGUACCUGAAUACCUCGUUCCAGAGACACUGAGGAGUGCAGUGAAUCCACUGUCAGCCAGGAGAAGAAGGAAGAGGAAGGAAAAAUCAAAACCAGAGGGAGUCGCCAAGACCAGUUUCAAGAAGAACAUCCAGGGGAAGAACCCACUCAAGAGUUUCCGAUACACCGGAGGCAGGAACAGAAAAGGUAAAGCAGGCCAUUCGUAGCUGCAGGACACACGAGCGUCUUUCCGUCCUGGAUGUUCGAAAUGUACAGAGACUUUGAGCCAGAGGACGGCGUCCACCACGAAGGACACGUAUAAAUGUAUGGAUUAGAUGGGCUGUUGAGGCUCUAUGGACCUCGGACAAAAUCAGUAGUUUGAAACCCGAAGAAAAUGGAGAAACAUCCGUUUGAACUUGGCUGAGAUCUCUAGAGGAGAACAGAAUCCACGUUACUUCUAUUGCAUCCGUUCUGGAAAAUGUUUAUUAAAAUAAAAUGUUUUCAUCU